AGUUUGGGGCAUGCACUGUGUGACAUUCGGGGGGUGGGAGGUAUCUAUUAAAAGAGAAGUGUUGGAGUUUGUCCCCACAAUGCCUGUUUGUUGGAACCCUGUAAGGACACUCAACCAGGAUGCCAGAGCCAACUAAAAAAAUAGUCUCAGCUUUCACCAAGAAACCAAAGUCUCAGACUGCUGAGAUUGGGGCAACAGUCAUAUUUGAAGCAGAGACUGAGAAGCCUGAUGUAAAAGUGAGAUGGCAGCGAGACUCCAAAGACAUCGCAUCCAGUUACAAAUACACCAUCUCAGCAGAGGGCAACAUACACUCUCUCACCAUAAACAAUAUAGUUCAGGAGGAUGCAGUGGGAUAUGCUGUUAUUGCUGGGGUGUCAAAGGUCAAAUUUGAAUUAAAGAUAAAUGAAUCAGAAGUGAAGGAACCCAAAAAAGCUGUAUCCCCGGAUCCUGCAGUUGCAGAAUCUAAGCCUGAAGAACCUAAAGAGGCUCCACCAGCACCAGACACCAGUGGACCCACGACAGAUGGAGUAGCACCUGAAGGUCAAUCUGAGAGUCAUCAGCCUGACACAAGGCAGGACCUUACUGGUCUCUUCACUGAAAAGCCUAAAAGCGGGGAGGUAAAUGUAGGUGAGAACAUUACUUUCAUUGCUCGUGUGUGUGGUGAAUCUCUGCUGAAGAAGCCCACAGUAAAAUGGUUCAAAGGAAAGUGGAUGGAUCUGGCCAGCAAGUCAGGAAAGCACCUGCAACUCAAAGAGCACUAUGACCGCAACUCUAAGGUGUACACCUUUGAGAUGCAUAUUAUUGCAGCUAAAGCCAACUAUGCUGGAGCUUAUCGUUGUGAAGUGUCCUCUAGAGACAAGUUUGACAGCUGCAAUUUUGACCUGGCAGUACAUGAGGCUCGUACCACAGAAGGGUUAGAUAUUCGUACUGCAUUUAGACGCACUAGCACAGAUGCAGGUGAAGACUCAGGAGAACUGGACUUCAGUGCUUUACUGAAAAAGAGAGACAGUUUCUUAAAAACUGGCCCACGAGCUGUUCAAGUGAGCACUGAGCCUGAUGUAGACGUCUGGGAGAUCCUCCAGAAGGCACCACCAUCAGAGUAUGAAAAGAUUGCCUUCCAGUAUGGAAUCACGGACCUGCGGGGGAUGCUUAAGAGACUCAAAAAAAUGAAAAAAGAAGAGAAGAAAAGUGCAGCAUUUCUGAGGAAGCUGGACCCAGCCUACCAAGUUGAAAAGGGACACAAGAUCAAACUGCAAGUUGAAGUGGCUAAUCCAGAUGCAGAGGUUAAAUGGCUAAAAAAUGGACAACCGAUAAACCCAACUGGAAGCAAGUACAUCUUUGAGAGUGUAGGCAACAAACGCUUCCUCACUAUCAACAACUGUACUCUAGCAGAUGAUGCUGCUUAUUCGUGCAUGAUUGGAGAAGAAAAGACCGUCACUGAGCUCUUUGUUAAAGAGCCUCCUGUUCUGAUUGUACGUAACCUAGAGGAUCAGAUGGUUAUGAAAGGAGAACGAGUAGAGUUUGAGUGUGAAGUGUCUGAAGAGGGGGCUCAGGUCAAAUGGGAGAAAGAUGGUGUGGAACUCACCCGAGAUGAAUCGUUCAAGUACCGCUUCAAGAAGGACGGGUGUAAGCAUGUCCUUAUCAUUAAUGAUGUAACCAAGGAGGACUGUGGACACUACCGGGUGAAAACCAAUGGAGGGCAAUCAUUAGCAGAGCUCAUGGUUCAGGAGAAACAGUUGGAGGUCUAUCAAAACAUUGCUGACCUGACGGUGAAGGCCAAAGACCAGGCUGUGUUCAAAUGUGAGGUUUCUGAUGAGAACGUGAAGGGCAUCUGGUACAAAAAUGGGGUGGAGGUGAAACCGGAUGCCAGAACUCAUAUCACACACAUUGGCAGGAUUCAUAAGUUGACCAUUGAUGACGUAAAGCCAGAGGAUGAGGGUGACUACACCUUCGUUCCUGAGGGCUAUGCCUUCAAUCUCUCUGCCAAACUCAACUUUUUAGAGGUCAAGAUUGACUUUGUUCCUCGCCAAGAUCCUCCCAAGAUUCAUCUGGACUGCAUGGGCCGCACCGCUGAGUCCACAAUCUUGGUUGUGGCUGGAAACAAACUGCGACUAGAUGUACCAAUUACUGGAGAUCCUGCCCCCACUGUGGUUUGGACAAAAGGAGAAAAGGAUAGCUUUAAGGAGGGAGAGUCGCGUCCUGAACCGAGGCAUACAUGGACAGUGAAGAACGGUGAAGUGCUGACAGACUCAGAUGGGCGUGUCCAUGUGGAGAGUACCAAAGGCCAUUGUAUCUUUACAAUUGAAGGGGCGGAGCGUCAGGAUGAGGGCGUGUACUCUGUCAUUGUACGCAAUCCUGCUGGAGAGGAUACAGCUGACAUUAAUGUCAAAGUUGUUGAUGUGCCAGACCCACCUGAAGCUCCCAGAAUCCUUAGCGUCGGUGAAGAUUCUUGUAUUGUCCAAUGGGAUCCCCCACUCUUUGACGGUGGCCAGCCAGUGAUAGGUUACGUUCUUGAAAGGAAGAAGAAAAAGAGCUAUAGAUGGAUGAGGCUCAAUUUUGAUCCUUAUAAAGAGACCACAUUUGAAGCCAAAAAAAUGAUCGAGGGUGUAGCCUACGAGAUGCGCAUUUAUGCAGUAAACGCCAUCGGCAUGUCACGCCCGAGUGCCGCCUCCCAGCCAUUUGUGCCAGUUGCUCCUACCAGCGAGCCCAUUGGCCUGUGUGUGGAUGACAUCAGUGAUACCACCAUCUCUCUGAAAUGGAGGACUCCAGAGAGGAUAGGCUCAGCUGAGCUUGAAGGCUAUGGGGUUGAGUACUGCAAGGAAGGCUCUGAUGAAUGGGUCCCUGCAUUUACGGGUCUCACAGAAAGGACCUCUGUGAUCAUCCGUGACCUGCCAACUGGAGAGAAGAUGCAGUUCCGCGUGAGGGCCUAUAACAUGGCGGGCCCAAGCCCUCCUGCCACAUUGCAACAAGCAGUCACCAUCCGUGAAAUCAUGCAGCGACCCAAAAUCUGGCUUCCCCGUAACCUCCGCCAGACACUCAUCAAGAAAGUAGGAGAAACUAUUAACCUCGUAAUCCCCUUCCAGGGUAAACCACGACCUCAAGUGACCUGGACAAAGAACGACGAGCCUCUGGACCCUAAGCAGGUCAGCAUACGAAACAGCGACACUGAUACCAUCCUCUUCAUCAGGCGAUCUGAGAGAAAGGAUUCUGGGAAGUAUGAAGUUCAAGUGCAAAUUGAGAAUGUGGAGGACAGGGCCAAUGUCACUAUACAGAUUGUUGACCUGCCAGGCCCGCCCCAGAACUUAAAGGUGGUAGACGUUUGGGGCUUUAACGUUGCCCUGGAAUGGAAACCACCCAAGGAUACUGGCAACUGCGAAAUAACAGGCUACACCAUCCAAAAGGCUGACAAGAAAACUAUGGAAUGGUACAAUGUGUAUGAGCUGUAUCGCCGCACUAACUGUGUUGUGUCAGACCUGAUCAUGGGGAAUGAGUAUGUGUUUCGUGUGUAUGCCACGAAUAUGGUGGGUCUGAGUCCAGAACCUUGCCUCUCCAAAGACAGUGCCUACAUCCAGAAAACAGGAAUUGUGUACAAGCCUCCUUCCUACAAAGAUCAUGAUUUCUCUGAGGCCCCCAAGUUCACACAUCCUCUCAUAAGUCGCUCAGUUAUUGCUGGAUACAAUGCUACACUCAGCUGCUCCGUAAGAGGCAUCCCUAAGCCUAAAAUCACAUGGUACAAAAACAAGAUGGACAUUACAAACGAGGCCAAGUACCGUAUGUUCAGCAAUCAGGGUGUGCUGACUCUGGAGAUCCGUAAGCCGUGUCCGUUUGAUGGAGGUGUGUACAUGUGUAAGGCGGUCAACGACAGCGGAGAAGACAUAGUAGAAUGCAAACUGGAAGUUCGCCCUCAAGUCACAAAAGAAGACAUCAAGAAAUGAGAGAGACCUAAUGGGUUUGGAGAAACUGUGACACUGUCCUUAUUCUGUCUUCUGUCCUGAAACUGAUCCCAUGACACGUCCGUGAUCAAAUGACAGAGCAAAGAAAUAUUUCAGUGGUUUUCUUCAUUUGCUUGUGCUCCCCAUUUCUCACUCACAUCCAAUGGUCUGUGCUUAGGUGUGAUUUUUUUUCUUUAUUGCUUGUGUUCAUUUUGUUUCAUGUUAUUUAAGAUCUCUGAAGUAGGAUCUAGCAACUCCGUAUUUUCCUUCCACAUGUGAUGCUAUGCAAAACAUGCUAAAUAAAGCUAAGAGUUUUGUUGA